AUGACUAACGAACUUCAAACGAGUCAAUUCCUCACGACAAAAGGCCCAGUGCUUUCUUCGAUUUGUCAUGUUUUACUCAAUCCACUUGACCAAAACGUCGUAACAAAUGCAGAUGUACUUCUAGGCUACAUUCUUGCACAAAACUCUUUUGAUGGAUUUGUCGACUUUUGUUUACGUCACGAUUUUGAGUAUGGCUACUCGAGUCUUUCUGAUAGCGAAUUUUUCCUGCCGAUCUUCAAUUCCUUUAGUACGAGGUACUUAGGCAAUUUGGUGAAUUUAAUUAGUAAGACGGUGAUUGAAAUAGUUCAAGACGAGAAGUUCUAUAUUGACGUUCCGACGUUAUAUUCGCAUGACACGACCUCGUCGCUGUUUCUCCGGUCGAUCGACUCGUUGGUCCACAUGUCGUCGAUAGUCCACACGAUCAUAUUAAGUCACAUUGAAUAUUUAGAACCGUUGUUGGUGUUUAUGAAUGUCAUCCCGAACACUUCCGAGGACGUGGAACCAAGAUUUGUUAAAGACUUGGUGUACUUUGUUGUGUCCUCUUCAUUAAAAGAGCGCUCGGAAUUGUGUCGAAUGUUUAAUGCGGAGAAUAGUCUUGAGACGUCAACUCGACUUGAAUUUAUUAGUGGAGUCUUUUUGGAGAUGUGGAAUCCUUCACAAGGAUUUUUACAGGAAUUUACUCUCCCGUGCGUGUUGCCAGAAUUUGGAGAAAGACUAAUAGUCGGUCUCUUGUGCGUGGAAAAAAAGUCCACGUUUGUGGAGGAAAGUGAAGAACUGGGGUUUAUCGAAUUACUACAAAAAUACUAUUGUUCAAUAGCUCUUUUACUAUCAACACAAACAGCAAAUACACUGGCAAAAGCAAUUGGAAUGGACAAGUUCUAUGUGAAGGAAUGCGUUCUAAUGGGAAAAAAACUGCAUUAUGAAAUUGAUAUGAUCACGUGUUCUAAAAACAGCGAAUUGUUCACAAAAAUUCAAGAAUUUGAUACAACAAAAAAAAAUUGUAUCGAUUCGAAAAAAAAUCAAGAAGAUUUGUAUGAGAAGUGGUGCGAAACGAGAAGAAGCAACACAAAACUAAAACAAAUCAAAUUCUCAAAUCUGGAGAUCCAAAGUCAAAGCUCAAGAGAAAACUCAUUGAAAAGUGAAGGCGUCGACUCAAAUAGCGAAAAAAUCUCAUUCAAAUAUACACCAAGCAGAAAUUCUUUAAAGGCAGAUUGGAUGUCUCCUAAACACCCCGAAUCCCCCAAAAAUAGUAAACUUAUUAUUAACGAAAAACCAAUGUUGGAACUUAAACCUAAUAGAAAUUCUCCUGUCAAAACAUCUUCAGCUAUUUCUCUCACUACAGAACUCCCACGAAAAAAGAAAAGAAAGAGAUCGUUUGUCGAGGCAAUAUCUUGUUUGGCUACUUUCGGACCAAAAAAAGACUAA